AUGUCCCGUCUGCUGCAUGCAGAAGAGUGGGCCGAGGUGAAGGAGUUGGGGGACCACCAUCGUCAUUCCCAGCCGCACCACCUCCCGCAGCUACCGCCACAGCCACCUGCUACCCUGCAGGCGAGAGACCAUCCUGUCUACCCGGCAGAGUUAUCCCUCCUAGACAGCACCGACCCACGCGCCUGGCUGACUCCCACUUUGCAGGGCCUCUGCACGGCACGCGCCGCCCAGUAUCUGCUGCAUUCUCCCGAGCUGGGUGCCUCCGAGGCCGCGGCACCCCGGGACGAGGCUGACGGCCAGGGCGAGCUGGUGAGAAGGAGCGGCUGCGGCGGCCUCAGCAAGAGCCCCGGGCCGGUGAAAGUGCGGGAACAGCUGUGCAAGCUGAAGGGCGGUGUUGUGGUGGACGACCUGGGCUGCAGCCGCCAGAGAGCCCCUUCCAGCAAACAGGUGAACGGGGUACAGAAGCAAAGGCGGCUGGCAGCGAACGCCAGGGAGCGGCGCAGGAUGCACGGGCUGAACCACGCCUUCGACCAGCUGCGCAACGUUAUCCCGUCCUUCAACAACGACAAGAAGCUGUCCAAAUAUGAGACCCUGCAGAUGGCCCAGAUCUACAUCAACGCCCUGUCAGAGUUGCUGCAGACUCCCAGUGUCGGAGAGCAGCCACCGCCGCCAGCAGCCUCCUGCAAAAAUGACCACCAUCACCUUCGCGCCGCCGCCGCCGCCGCCGCCACCUACGAAGGGGGUGCGGGCGCCUCCGCCGCAGCCGGGGCUCAGCCGGCCCCGGGAGGGGGCCCACGACCCACCCCACCCGGGGCUUGCCGGACUCGCUUCUCAGCCCCAGCUUCAGCCGGGGGUUACUCGGUGCAGCUGGACGCUUUACAUUUCCCAUCAUUCGAGGACCGGGCCCUAACAGCGAUGAUGGCACAGAAGGACCUGUCGCCUUCCUUGCCCGGGAGCAUCCUGCAACCGGUACAGGAGGACAGUAGCAAAACAUCUCCCAGGUCCCACAGAAGCGAUGGAGAAUUUUCCCCCCACUCUCAUUACAGUGACUCUGACGAGGCCAGUUAG